AGGAAGAAUACUAGUUGGUGUAGCCGUGUUUUUAAAACGAUCAUCUGAAAAGUAUGACUUUUUCACGGAUCAUCUUUGAAGUUAUUCUGAUCAUCGCUCUUAUUAGAGACAACUCUGUUGAAGGGACAGCAGCUACGUCCAUUGACUGCAUGAAUGGUGGAUACCCUGGGCAGAGUACAAAUUUAACCUGUACAAUAACUGGAACUGUAAUUUCUGGUAUCUACUGGUUACGACCUAAUAGUGGUUCACGAAUACAAGUUGUACGUUGUAACACAGCUAACACCAGAUGUGUUUCAGAUGCGUCUGGUUACAGCGCUGUUGUUGACUCACCUACACAGAUUACUCUCACCAUUCAGUCGUUCAACCCUGCAGUAGAUGCUGGAGAGUGGAUCUGUCGUGAUGGACCAACGGGAGAAGGCCAGUCUACUUGUAACAUGACUGUACAAUAUGGUCCCGUUCCAGGCAGUAUUAACUUCAAUUCUACUGCAAGUGUUGAAGAAGGACACGAUCUGACUGUGGACUGCACUGCUAGCUGUAACCCGCCGUGUGACUACUCCUGGACACUGGGUGAUAAUCAAAUCACAACAAGUCCUCUGUUAAAUGUGACAGACAUCAGCAGGAAUCAGGACGGGAAUGUCUACAACUGUACAGCGACAAACAUUGUUCUACUUACAUCUAUAAAUAAACACUUUACGCUGACAGUCACUUAUCCAGAGCGCAUGUCUGCCUUAAGUGCAGGUGCUAUAUCGGGAAUUGUGAUAGCUGUUGUUCUGGCUCUUGCUAUUCCUACUGUGUGGAUACUUUAUGCGAGGAAAAUUAAGAAGAGAGCUGAAGAUGUGCAGAACGAAUCUAAUAACUAACGGAAAACAAAAUCAAGUUCACAACCCUGCAUGUUUCCGUAAUUAGUACCUGAAUACGGAACACAGAAACAUGCCAACGCUAAAACUCCACAGUUUUCAUUUUCAAUUCGUAUGAAACUCUAUGAGUAAACAAGGCUCUUUUUGUUGGGUGUUUCAGUAUUUUACAUUUGGUUGUUUUUUUAAAAUAAAAUUGCAGGUCAAAUUAGACUAAAGUUGCAGUACCAUAGUUAGAAGUGCAGUAUUUCACUAGUUUUACAACAGUUGUCAAAUAUAACAAUUGUUUGUUUGCAUCAAACGGUAACUUAUGAACUGGCUUGUAACUGUGCAAUGAAUCAUAUUAAAAUUCAUAUAAAACAAUAUUAGUUUUAAACUCAUAACACUUUCACAAUAAAGCAGUACGAGGACAUUAAAGGCAGAAUUGCAUGUGCAAUUACUUUGUAUAGCUGUUUCAUUUAUACAAGGUGUUUCUGUCCUAGUGUUUCUGUCCUAGUGUUUCUGUCCUAGUACCAAUAAAUAUAUAUAUUACAAAAUAAAAUGAGAAAUGGCUGCCAAAACAUAUA